UGAAGCUUUGAUAAAUAUAUUAUGCCGUGUAUAUACCACUAUAAGAACCUCACCGUCUUGUUUUGUAUCUCACAAGCUCCAACAUAUGCAAACUUCAAUUAGAGUGAUAUUUACAAUAUGGAACCCAAUGCCACUGUUAAGUUGAGUCAGUUCAUGGCUCACUUAACUCUGGUACUGUCCUUUUUUGCUCUCUCGCAUCUACACAUUAUUAAACUUUGCUCAGCUGAUAAGCUCACUAGUGUUAAAUGUAUUGAAACAGAGAAAGAGGCACUCCUUGCCUUCAAAAAUUCACUCACUGAUACUUCAAAUAGAUUGUCUUCAUGGGUGGGUGAAGAGUGCUGUCAAUGGGAAGGAAUUGUUUGCAGCAAUCAGACUCAAGGUCAUGGUCAUGUCACAAAGCUCAACCUCAGAAAUCCUUUCUCUUCAGUCGACAAUAGUGGACUUGAUGACGCAGCUACUGCCUACAAAAGAUCAUGUUUGAGUGGCAAGGUAACUACUUCUUUAACACACUUGAAGUACUUGACUUAUUUGGACUUGAGCAUGAAUGAUUUUGAAGGGAAUCCUAUUCCUAAUUUCCUUGGAGGGAUGAUAAAUUUGGAGUAUCUUAAUCUUUCUUUUGCAUCAUUCUCUGGUUUGAUUCCUUCAAGCCUUGGAAACUUGUCAAGGUUGCAGUUUCUAGACCUCUAUGCAGAUUCCUACCUCAAUACAGAGUCAUGGGAAUUGAGAGCUGAUAGCUUGAAUUGGCUCUCAGCUCUCUCUUCCUUGAAACUCCUUAAUUUGGGACAUGUGAAACUCAAUGAGGUUGGAGAAACAUGGCUGCAAAAAAUUAAUUUGCUUCCAUCAUUAGUGAGUUUGAAUUUGUAUUAUUGUGAACUUCGUGGCUUACCUGUUUCACUUCCUUUCAUCCAAUUCACAUCACUUUCAGUCCUUGAUUUGUCCCAAAACUCGUUUAAUUCUCCGAUGCCUCAAUGGUUGUUCAACCUGACCAGUCUCAGGACACUUCACCUGAGUUGGAACUUUCUUCAGGGUUCAAUUCCUCGGGAGAUUACAAAUUUGGAAUCUCUAGAGGUCCUUGAUUUAUCUGAUAAUUUGGGCCUUGAGGGUCAUGUUCCAGGAUUUUUAGGACACCUUACCAAGCUCAAGGUCUUAGAUCUUUCUGCAAAUGAAUUUACUGGGGAGAUUCUUGAAUUUUUAAACAGUGUCUCGAAUAACAAUGCAUUGCAGUCACUCGAUUUAAGUUCCAAUUCCCUAGUUGGUGUGUUACCUGAGUCACUAGGAAAGCUUAAAAAUCUCCAACAUCUCCUCCUUUCUAGCAAUUCCUUUUCUGGUUCAAUUCCGGAGUCUAUUGGGAGCAUCUCAUCCCUGAAGGUUUUAGACCUUUCUUACAACAAGAUGAAUGGGACAAUUCCUAAAAGUUUUGGGCAGCUCUCUGAACUAGCAAAUGCAAACCUGUUAAUGAACUCCUGGGAAGGUGUCCUUACCGAAACCCACUUGUUAAAUCUCAAAAGCCUGAAAAGUCUUAGGGUUACAACAGAGGAACCCAAGUCCCUUGUUUUCAAAAUUCCUAAUGAGUGGCUGCCCCCUUUCAGGCUCAAUACUCUCCAACUCUUAAACUGCAGAGUAGGUCCUGCUUUUCCCAUGUGGCUUCAGGUUCAAACUGAACUCGUAUCUGUCACCCUUAAAAAUGUUGGAGUAUCUGAUACUAUACCGGAACAAUGGUUCACGAAGUUAGCUCCUCAAGUUAUCCAACUAGACCUAUCUAUGAAUCAAAUAAAAGGAAAGCUGCCACACAAGGUGACGUUUCCGCACUUGAAUAGUAUUGAUUUGAGUUCCAAUCACUUUGAUGGCGCCUUCCCACAUUGGUCUUUAAAUGCAAACCAGCUCUCUCUUGAGAGUAAUUCUUUCUCUGGGUCCAUUCCUGAAAAUAUUGCUGAAUUAAUGCCCAGAUUGGAAAGGUUGUAUCUGUCUCAUAACGACCUUAGUGGUAAAAUUACUUCAUCCUUAUGUGAUCUGCUGAGUCUUCAAGUUCUUUCUUUGAGAAGUAAUCAUUUCUCUGGUGAGCUUCCCAGUUGUUGGGGCCAUUCAUUCAUGUUGUUUGGAUUUGAUGUAACAAAUAACAACUUAUCUGGUGUUAUCCCAAGCUCAAUAGGUUCACUUCGUUCCCUCAGUGUAUUGAUGUUAGGCAACAAUAAUUUCCAUGGAGAAAUUCCAGCUUCUUUGCAGAACUGCACUGGCUUGACCACCAUUGAUCUAAGCAUGAACAAGUUCACAGGAAAGCUACCAUCAUGGAUAGAAGGAAAAGUUUUAGCUUCGCUUUUCAUGCUACGUCUCACUUCGAACAAUUUUUCAGGCUCUAUUCCAUCAACAUUAUGCAGUCUUUCCAAUCUUCAUACUUUAGAUCUUUCAGGAAAUACUUUCUCAGAGGUCAUACCAACAUGUUUGAAUAACUUGACAGCAUUGGUACUCAGCAAGAGCGGUGAAGUGUUUCAAAACAUAGUUUAUGUUGUUUUGAGGGGAAGAGAACCUGAGUUUAGCAGCUUCAUUGGUUAUGUUAAUAGCGUUGAUCUUUCAGGGAAUAACUUGACUGGAAAAAUCCCAGAUGAAAUUGCAAACAUUGCUGGUUUGCAUAGCUUGAAUCUGUCAAGAAAUCGUAUCAGUGGAAGAAUUCCAAACAAAAUUGGAAACCUAGAAAGGUUAGAAAUACUUGAUAUGUCGCGUAAUCAUCUCACAGGGCCUAUUCCUGGGAGCAUUACUGGCAUGAUUUCCUUGAGACACCUGAACUUGUCAUACAAUAAGCUUGAAGGGGAAAUUCCUCCACUCCCACAGUUCAAUGAUGCCACCAUUUUCCAGGAAAAUCCAUUACUCUGCGGGCAUCCACUUCCAACUAAAUGCAAAAGCAGUUGAACAUUUUGAUUCUAAACAGUUCCACUAAUAAGUGUUCAGCAAAUGUAUACAAAUAAAUAAAUUUCCAAUGAUAUCUAUUUCAUUGAUGGCAUGAAACAGGGGGAAAACAUUAGUUUUCUUCCCUGGUUGCAACUUCUAAACCUUGUUUGUUGACAGAAUAAGGAAUAAACAAAUAUAUAGUGAACUGAAGUAUUUCUAAGCGAAA